AUUGGCAUAUACAACUGCUUUCAUUCAUUCAUAUGAAUGAUAUGGUUUUAGUAAUAUUCAUGACAUAUCUGAAGGUUUGGCCAGACUAAUCACGACACGGUAAGGCAGGUGGAAGGUACGAUGAGAGGCAGACUCGUGCAGACGGCGUCAGGGCAGGACCUCCGCCGAGAUGGGGACAGUUAAACUACGGGCCAAACUGCCGCUACUGCUGCUACUGUUAGCAGUCCUGUCGGCCGAUGGUGCAAAGAAGAUCUGGCUGAAGAACACCAACUGGAUGAACUCCGCCAACUGGGACCGAGGCUCGCCGCCCUGCAGCAAACAGGUCGUGUCCUUCCAGGAAAAGCCCAACCCGUACGCAGUGUUCGUGCAGAAUGACGUCAGUGUGGGAGAAUUGGUCCUCCCGUUGAACGGAGAGAUUGUGUUCGCGGAUGACCUGAAGGUCAACUUUGGAUCGUUCACCGACGACCCCGCCUGCAUGGCUGGAGAUAACAGGUUCGUGGGCGGAGAGCCGGGAGACUGGCUCAACCCGCACAACUGGCGCGUGGAGGAUGACGGGAACCUGGUGGAACCGAUGUCACCCGAAGACGACUCUUCCCCCACCAGCCCUGGGGAUGACACCGACGGGUUCCCGGUGCUGCAUGCCGAGGUCGUGCCCUGUACCCACGACACCGUCGUCUUUCCGGAGAACGCCACGUACCUGGUGCGCCUGGACCACAGCAAGCAGGUCAAACACGUGGACUUCACCGGCAAGGUUUACAAGCGUAAGCCUGAAUUCCACCAGUUCUUGAGGUCGGAGAACGGUGAGAUGCAGUUCAAGUUGGGACCGUCAGGGGACAUCGCUGUGAUGGGGCAGGACUGCAAGGAGUUGUCCGGCUGUUACUGCGGUAACGAGGAACACAUGGACCUGAUCUGUGACCUGUACGGAGACAACUGUCCUCCUCUGACCUGCAGCAGUCCCAUCACCCCCCGCGGUAGCUGCUGCCCCAUGUGCGGUUCAGUUCUCCUGCUGAACUAUGACGACACCUUCGACAUCAUGGCGUUCCAGGACCGUCUGGUGGUGGACUUCGUGCCCAAGGUGCGUGAGUACACGGGCCGUGUGAAGGGCCGUGUGAGUAAACUGGCGGACGGGCACGUGCAGCUGGUGCUGGUGGAUGACGUGUCCGGAGCUCGGAACGGCAUGGCCGCGGUGGAGGUCGGGGAGCACGUCGCCUCCGUCAUCGAGAGAGACAUGGGACCGUACCCGACCUACGGAGUGAAGGGUCUCACCAUCAAGAACUCCGGUAUCGGCAACGUCGCCCAAGUCGCACGAGGGUCCGGCGGGAACACCGUGCUGUACAUUGCGGCCGGGGCCGGCGGCGGGGCGGUGUUCUUCAUCGCCAUCCUGGUGUCCCUCGUCAUCAUCAUGAAGAAGUCUUGCAGCAGUGGUCCCGCGCGCGAUACAGCCGGCCGCCCCAGAACCGCCUCCGUCAGACUUACCUCCUGGCGCCGCGCGGACUCGGAGGGCGGACAGAACGGCGCUAGCGUGAGGAAGCCGCCGAUGCCGGCGGGCGCAGGGCGUCCCGGAGCCGCCGGGCAGGCUGGCGGGGGUGCCGGGCCCAGCGGCGGGGACAAGGGGGCGGACAAGGGCUUCGAGAACCCCGUGUAUGACAACCCCAUCAAGGACAACCCUCUGUACGCCGACAUACCCGACGACCCGUGAGCUGGACUCUGGGAGUCGAGGAUUCCGGUUGGGCAAUGAAGGAAUCACUUGGUUUUACCAUAGCCAAUCAUUUGCUUGCGAGCAUCGUGCCAAAAAUAUGCACUUGAUUUUUCUUUGUCACAUAGAAAAUGUAGUGCGACGAUUUGUACACCAUGUGAUUCUCAUGGACUUUGAUUAUAUUCUUGAUGCAGAAUGUUAGAAUUUGUUUUUGAAAAAAAAAUUGUAGAUGGUGUAACCUGUGAACACACUCAAAGGGAAAUGACGUCGUAGAGCAAGUACAAUAUGGUAUAUGUAAAAGAAUUACAAUUCUGAAAAGUCACAAGAUCAUCCUUGUUGAAAUUGAUCAGUGUGUGAAGUAAAUAAUUCACGAUUUGUAGUUGUUGAUGCAGUAUUUAAUUUUCAUGGUAUUAACAAAUAAGUACUUGACAUAUCAUUAAUGUUUGUAGAAAUGAGAGAUCAUUAGUAGAAAUCAUUUUGAAGCAAAGUUGAAAUGUAAUUUUCAACACAACAAAAUUUGACUGACGAAAUCGAUAGACCGGUGUUUAUCAACAAAUGAGUAAUCGCCAACAAUUACAUUUUGCUUGUGAAUGUGUCAUGACUAUAACUAUCAUAACGUUAUCUGUUAUUGCUUUCCAAAAACCCACCACGUACACUCCGCCUAGGCCUGUGGCUUGCACACAGAACUAUCCAUUUUCUAAAACCAUUUCAAACUGCUCAUGACAAAUAGCACACGUAUGAUUUGAAUCACAUUUAAUUCGCCGAUCAGAGGUCAUGGUUGUUAACCGCUUUUAGAAGAGUGAGUCAUGGCCUCCCUCUCCAUAUCAUCUCUACGGUAAAUUAAAAAGUUGCGGACUAUGUGAUUUACAGGUAAAACCACUCGCCCCAAGAAAUACAUUCGUCAUACCUAUAUCUAAUUGAACGCUCCGUUAUUUGACCAUAACCGACACCACUUUACAUAAAAGCAAUCGAGUAUCUGAUAAGAGAACUGCUUCAAGCCAAAACAGACAACUUCUCAACAAGUUAAGAGAAUGACCUAGCGUUUGAAAAACAUCUUACAAUGAGGCAACGCACUUCAGAGCCUG